UAUCGACCGGACUGACCGGCGCGAGCAGGAUUCAUUCAACUAAUAUUAACGCUAAAAUUACGUUAAUUUUACAGUAAAUACUGACAUAAACAAAAUACAAAUUACUUGUAGUCCAAGACACGGAGUGGAGACUAAAUACAGACUAAAUUACAGUAACGAGCUUAUAUUUGACACAACAUGGCGGCGGCCGUUGCUGCUGUUUCCUCCUCUUCAAACUGACCAGUGUUUUGGAACAGAGAUAAUGUUGCUGACAGCUCGCUGCCUGUCCAAAGUGCUGCAGCUCACCCUGGCGGUCAUCAAACCAGAUGCUGUGGCUCAUCCUGUCAUGUUACAGGCUCUUCACCAGAGAAUCCUGGACAACAGCUUUGUGAUUGUCAGGUGCAAAGAUCUUGUGUGGAGGAAACAGGACUCUGAGAGGUUUUAUGCUGAACAUUCAGGGCGAUUCUUCUACCAAAGACUUGUUGAGUUCAUGUCAAGUGGUCCCAUGCGAGCGUACAUUUUAGCCAGAGAGGACGCCAUACGUCACUGGAGAGAGCUAAUGGGACCAACCAAAGUGUUCAGAGCCAGAUACACCUCACCUGCUUCUAUCAGGGGCCAGUUUGGACUCACAGACACACGAAACACAACUCAUGGCUCAGAUUCUGUUGAGUCGGCACAAAGAGAAAUCCGUUUCUUCUUCCCAGACUUCUGUGUGGAGGAGUGGAUGGAGAAGGAGGAGCCAUCGUUCAGAUCAGGACAAAUACAUUACGACCAUAAAAAACAGAUCCACACACUUUCAUCUCAAAGCUGACCCCCGAACUGCUGUUAUAGUUACUGCUUAAAAAAAAUCGCACGCUCUUACAAAAAUGCAAGCUGCCAAAGAAGACGGUGUAAUCCUCCCUGCUGUAUAUAUAUAAUGUGCAUGUUUUUGUUUGUUACCACAGUACUUCAGAGUGCUAAUAUGUUUACUGUCCCAUGUUUUUUUUUUUUUU